AUGGCGUCUGAAGAGAAGCAUGCGGUUUAUUCGAUCUCUUUACAGGAAGCAAAGAGAAAAUGCUCCGAAAAACAUUCUUGUUUCGUGAGAGUUGAAUCAAUCGAACAUGUUGGUCUUAGUCCACGAUAUCUCGGGCAACUAAAGAAAGGAGUGAACGAGGAGUUGACAAAUAAACUGAUGAGAUAUUCGGAUGUUUUGGAAGGUGUCCCUGUUAGCUACGAGGGUUUUCGCAUUCUGCAAAGAAGUGGCUCUAUUCUUGAUGAACUUCCCUUUAUACACUUUGAUGUUAAAGUUAAUUUCAUCGUCUUCAAGCCAAAGAUCGGAAGGACACUUGUUGGAGUUGUAAACAAGAUCGGUGUAGAUCACGUGGGAUGUUUGGUUCAUAAUUGUUUUAAUGCUUCAAUCUCGAAAUCUAACUUCAGAAAUGGACUUAUUUAUGACAGUUUGGAUAUUGGGUCUGACUUUAUAUUUAAGGUUAUUGAAACUGAGGCCGUGAAUGGCGUUUUGUCGAUAACAGGAGAAGUUGAAGAUCAUCGAAAACAUUCAAGGUAAUUAUUAGCCUUCGUCACAGGAGUGGUAACAGGUCGUUUCUCCCGAAGUUGUUUCCCCCCGGACUUAAGUCGAUUCGCCCGAUGUUUAUUUGUCAUUCUUAAAUCCUGGAAAAAGAAAUAAGCAUGAAAAAACGGUGACCAUACAUGUGGAUCAACAAAGAUCAACAAAGCAAUCAUUGUGUUACCAUCGUUGAGAUACAUUUAGACUUUAGUUUUAUGUACAGUCUUUUAGUAUCUUGAAUGUAAUUAUCGAGAUGGUAAAGGCCUUUCAGACUGCUGGACCUUUUUAGCAAUCGUAGAAAUAGUACAUGUAUCCAAACUUAACUAAAAAUUAUCUUUUCGUGUUGUAGAGUAUUGUUUGGCGUCAGGUGAAUCGACUUAAACCUGGGUGAAACAACUUCAGGUGAAUCAACUUUCAGACAAAACGACCACAAUUCGCAGGAGUAAUUUAACUGUGGUUAGUAACCUCUGCCAAACAGUGCCAAUAUCCUUGUUCUGGGCCCUCAACGGACUCAAUGAAUUACCAGAAGUGCAUUUCAAAUUUCCUUUCAUCUUGAUUGGAAAAUCGAUAAUGGCUUUUUUAACAAGGCAAUCUUUGUGCAUACUCAACUCCUGGUACACAGGUGGAGGCCCAGAAAACUAAGGAUUUCUGCUCUAGUUCAGAGAGGGACUUGACCAGAGCUUAUUUCUGUUUGUGACACAGGCUAGGUAAUGAUAAACAAAAAAUUAGUUUAAUCAAGUGAGUUUGAUAAAGUAGAUCUCUCACUGUAAAGAUAUUCCACAGCUGAUGUUUCCAGCGCUACUGUCUAUCAGUCUAAUCAAGAGAAUGCAAGUUGAGUUUGGAUUACAAGUUGAAUCAUGGGGCAAUGUAGGUGGGAACAUCGUAAAAUGAAAAACAAGACUAAAUGUGAGUUCACUGAUUGGAGUCGACAUGACCAGCAUGUCUGGCUCACAACCUGGUGGUUCCACAUUCGAUUCCCACUCUGGUUACUUGCUGGAAUAUAUUGUUCUUGGUCAUCCCAAGUUGAAAACUGUGAAUAACCAAUGGGUUGCCUCCUGCCAGUUGGGAUUUUUAAUCCCCAAAAUUUUGUAUUUGGAUUGUUUGUUUCAAAUUUAUAUUUUGUGUGGAGUGCCUGUAAACUCCUGACUAGUUAGAUAAGAUAAGUACACUUUCCACUAUAAACAAACUGUAAGCAAUUUUGUUCUAUUCCCUGAGUACUAAAGAUUGGUUAAUUCCCCACAGAAUCAAGAAAUGCUUUUGGUUUAACUAAUAGAUUCUUGUUUUCCAAAGUACCACAUCCUAGCUAAAAGUAUAGAGGGGGAUGAAUCGGGGUAUGCAAAUCCGCCGAUCCGUUAUGAUUUAUUGACCAAAUCCGCCAUUAAAAUUUCACCUUGAAUCCAAAAUCCGGGCAAAAAUAUUUUUAUUACACGCAAACUCCAAAAUCCGCGCCUAAAAAAUCGAUGAAUCCACAAUCCGCUGCAAUUGCAGGAUCCGGAAAUCCAAUAAAAUCUCACUUUGAAUCCGAAAUCCGGGCAAAAGUAUUUUCAAAAUCCGCUGAUCCGUUUGCCUUUUCACCCUCCUCAGUAUAGCAUGAAUAAUAAUUUUGGUGUUUCACUUUGGUCACCUGUGGUUACACCACUUGACAGCUCACAGACUAGGUCCCAAGGGACUCUCACUUGUGGGAGACUACAUCGUACAUUGUAGUUGCUUAGCCGUGCAUUCAAAUGAUAAAUCAUUUCUCUGUUUAGGAAAAGGAAACAGAAGAAUCAAGAAGAGGACAGAACCAACACACCAGAAAGAACAAAUGAAACACAUUUAGAAAGGAUGAAUGGUAUAAAUGAUCUUGAUGAAAGUACACACUCAAAAUCAACAAAAAAGAAGAAAAAGAAAAAUAAAGUGGUGAUUGAUUUAUCCUAA